AUGGAUGCAACAACAAAGUUUGCUAGCAAUGUGACAUUGAUAAACGUUACAGAACAGGAGACGUUCAACACGACGUCAUCAAAUGUUUCCGGAUGGAAGUUUCCGCCGGUCGGUUACUAUGAAAACACGAAGGUGCUGCUCUGGAGGGUGAUCCCGCCGAUUCUAAUUUCCAUUGGAACGAUAGGAAACGCUAUGACUAUUUUCGUGCUGCUUCGUCAGAAGAAGAUGACGUCAACGGCGAUGUUCCUGUUUGCUCUGGCGCUUUCAGAUACGCUCUUGUUGUUCAGCGAACUUCUGCCAGACUGGGUGUUAUAUACCUGGGGCGUUGACAUCUGGCCGAGUAACCCCGGGUGUAAAACGAUAGUCUACCUUGCCUACUGCAGCACCCACCUCUCCUCGUGGCUGAUUGUGGCUGUCACACUUGAGAGAACAGCUUGCGUGCUGUUCCCGCAUAAAGUGAGACUCGGCUGUUCCCCACGAAACGCUGGGUUGAUCAUCGUCACCAUUGUGCUAGUCGUGUUCGGAAUUAAUAUAAUAUUACUCGUGAUAUUUGAGCGGAAUGGAUACGAGGGCUUUAAGUGCGCUCCGUCCACGAAGGGACACCUAGAUCUAUUUGACUACGCUUACAGAUGGAUCGACUUCACGUUAACUUUCGGCGCGCCGUUCCCGCUGCUACUCAUUGGCAACGUCAUCAUCGUAGUGCAGCUCGCGCGCUCCCGUUCAAGACGUCAGCGGAUGAACAUUUCCAGUCAGGCGCGCGACACGCGUCCAUUGUCCAUUUUAAUGAUUGCCCUGUGCGUGCUGUUCCUCGUCACGAUCACACCGGUGAUAUUCAUUAGUGUGUACUUCCGCUACCAGUACGAUAAGCUCCUGGCGCUCAGGUUAGUUGAUCCUUACACGGCCAAGCGCGACACCGAGUACUUUAAUUUUCUUUACGAUGUUUUCGCUCUGGUCAGCUACUUCAACGCCACCUUCAACUUCGCCAUCUACGUGUUCAGCGGCUCGAAGUUCCGCGCAGAACUGAGGAGCCUGCUUUGCUGUAAGGCAACAAAAGGCGCUAGCCUGUUUGGAAGCUAA